AUGGCAGUAGGCCUGAGCUGCCAAUUUCAGUCUCUGGCCUGCAAGACUUAUCAACAUCCCAAUGCCAAAUCAAGACCUUCCAUGUUUUGCUCAAUGCAACCUCCUCAGAACAACAUCAGGGUAAUUAUAAAUGGAGCAGCAAAGGAAAUAGGAAGGGCAGCUGUAAUUGCAGUGACUAGAGCCAGAGGGAUGGAGGUGGCUGGUGCAGUGGAUUCUUAUCUAGUAGGAGAAGAUAUUGGCAAGGUGUGUGACAUGGAAGAGCCUCUGGAAAUACCAAUAACCAAUGAUCUCACAAUGGUCUUAGGCUCCAUUUCUCAGUCCAAAGCAUUGGGGGUAGUUGUUGAUUUCACUGAGCCUUCCAAAGUCUAUGACAAUGUAAAACAGGCAACAGCAUUUGGGAUGAGAAGUGUGGUUUAUGUGCCUCAGAUUAAGUUAGAAACAGUAUCAGCAUUAUCUGCAUUCUGUGAGAAAGCCAGCAUGGGUUGUCUUGUUGCACCAACCCUAUCCAUUGGAUCUAUACUUCUACAACAAGCUGCAAUUUCAGCUUCCUUCCACUACAACAAUGUAGAAAUCGUCGAAUCAAGGGCAACUGCAACGGAUUUUCCAUCAUCAGAUGCAACCCAAAUUGCCAACAACUUGUCUAACCUUGGCCAGAUUUACAACAGAGAGGAUAUUUCAACAGAUGUUCAAGCAAGGGGCCAAGUUCUGGGAGAAGAUGGAGUUCGUGUGCACAGCUUAGUCCUUCCAGGGCUUCCUGCCAGCACAACGGUUUACUUUUCUCGUGUAGGAGAGGUUUACUCUCUGAAACAUGACAUCACAGAUGUGCAAUGUCUCAUGCCAGGCCUUCUCCUAGCAAUUAGAAAGAUUGUGCGCAUUAAGAACUUGGUGUAUGGGUUGGAGAAAUUUUUAUAA